AUGGGUCGGUUAGCAGAGAUGCAGAGGAAGCUCUUGGAGCAAAUGAUGGGUCCUGAGGCUAUGGGUGUGGCCAAUGCCAAUCUGGUCUGGUCGGACGAGAAAGUGUGCAGGAACUUUUUGUGUGGGACGUGUCCUCAUGCGCUGUUCACUAAUACUAAAAUGGACCUGGGAGCCUGUCCCAAAUCACACACGGAGCGACUCAAGACCGAGUACCUCGCUGCGAAGGAGGCAGACCCUAACAACCCUAUAUUCAAUCGGUUCCAGAUGGAAUAUGAGGCCAACAUCUUUGCCUUUGUUGAUGAGUGUGAUCGGAGGAUUCGCGCGGCACACCGUAGGCUCGAGAAGACGCCCGAGGAGAACGCGAAAACUACUAAUUUGAUGAGGGAAAUUGCGGAAAUUGAGUUGGCUAUUCAAGGAGGGACGGAGAAGAUUGAGUCGCUUGGUGAACAAGGAAAGGUUGACGAAUCUAUGCGCGAGAUGGCGGCUAUUGAGGCGUUGAAGAGUGAAAAGGCCGACAAGGAGCGCGAGUUGCAACAACUCACCGAUACAUCUGGCGCUUCAGGCCACCAAAAGCUACGCGUCUGUGACGUCUGCGGUGCUUACCUAUCCGUUCUCGACUCUGACCGUCGUCUCGCGGAUCAUUUUGGCGGUAAAAUGCAUCUAGGGUACCAUGAGCUGAGAAAUAUGCUCGGAAAGUUUAAGGAAGAGCGUGAGAAGAGGAAGAUGAACCCCCCUAGCUCAGCGCCGUCUGCGGGAUCUGGCGCAGCGCCGCCGUCGGGGCCACCGCGACCUGGGGGAGGCGACUACCGCUCGUCGCGCGGGGGAGACGAUUAUAGGGACCGGGGCGAGCGAGAACGGGGUGGAGGGUACGACCGACCGUCUUCACGAUACGAGUAA